GCUUCGAGCUCGCAGCAGAUAGCUGAGAUGCAGGUGAUUGAGCAUCCGGUGGAGACACUGCGCACUGCGCUGGUGUCAUCUCGUAAAGAUUUGAUCGAACAAUACAAACAGUACAGCAAAGAAGAGAGGAAACUCCUGGAGGACGGUCUGCAGCCUGGCAGUGCGCUUUUCAAUCCCGUCACGGUGCACUCAGACUCUGAUUGGAUCCCCUCGCACCCAGAAGCACCUCAGGACUUUCAAAGCUUUUUCAGCAACCCACACCGCCGUUCUCCUAGCAAGGGUCACAAAACCAUUUACAUGCAGACCAUCGGUUCGUUUGGGGAGGGUGAAGAUAUCACGGAGCAGUACGUUGAGUGGCUGAGGCAGUAUUGUCAGGCGUUCUAUCACGGGCUCGCGGUUAAACUCCUUCCUACAGUGACUGUUGCUUCUACAGGUUGCACCUUCCGAGUGAACAACAACACGUACAACCUUCAGCUUCAUGCUGGAGAUUUGCUGAACUUUUUGAAAAAGAAGAAACCUAAAGAUGCCUUUUGCAUUGUGGGGAUCACCAUGAUUGAUCUGUAUCCCAGGGACUCCUGGAACUUUGUGUUUGGCCAGGCGUCUCUCAACGAAGGAAUGGGAGUUUUUAGCUUUGCCAGGUACGAUGACAACUUCUACAGCAGGAGUUACCCAGGACGACUGAAGAGUACAAAGAAGCUGCAUCCUGACGACUACACAGUGUUCCAAAACUAUUACACCCCGCCCAUCACCAGCACUCUCCUGUUCAGGUCAUGUAAGACUCUGACUCACGAGAUCGGACACAUAUUUGGCAUUAAACACUGUCAGUGGCUGCAGUGUGUCAUGCAAGGCUCCAAUCACUUGGAGGAGUCUGACCGACGCCCGCCUGACCUCUGCCCCGUGUGUCUGCGCAAACUGCAGACCGCAGUUGGUUUCAAGAUAUCAGACAGAUACGAGGCUCUGUUGGGCUGGAUUGAGGAUGGAGGCCGCAGCUCUGAAGGACACUCAGCUAAACCCACAGAAGCCUUUCUGGAGUACAAACAGUGGCUGUGUAAGUGCAUCAGCAUGCUGGAGGCUUAAAUUAUUUUAAUUCAUAUUUCUCAGAGAUGUGUGUAUCAUGCUCCAAAAAUGACAGCACACACUGACAAAGUGUUUGUUUGACUUUGGGAAAAUCUGGUUUGGAUCAAAUCAGUGAUGAACUUUCUAUACCUUGCUUUGUUUACCUUUUGGUUUUCCAUAUGGAACAUUUGGAAUUCUCUACAGAAUUAAUUCAAAGACAGUAACAAACUCAUUCAGUGUUGUAUCAGAAAAGGGAACAUGAUUCUCUGUA